AUGUCUCCUCUCUUUUUUUUCCUAGUGGUAAACAUUAAUAAGCAAGUGGAUGAAGAAGCCAUUAAUAUGGAUCCCCAUGCAUGUUACGUUCUACGCGUUUGGGGCCGUUGGGCCAUUGCCGGGAACCAUUUAAUGAAAAUUGUGUUCUCUAUAGUCAAAGUAGACCUCAUCAGUAGACCUACACCUACUAUACUUAGUUCAAACUCAGACUCUCAUCAGUAG